AUGUCGUCAAAUAACUUCUUUGAAUCCGGAGAACGGGUGCGGAUCGCUCAUCAAGGUAAUCCGCAAUCAUCUAGCUUACAAGCAGAUAUGGAUGCUAAGAAAGCUAUUCUUUCCCAAAAUAUUAAUGGAUCACUGAAUCACACGACUGCUAGACCUCCGAGAACUACCGGUGCUGGCAUAAGUUAUGGCGAGAAGAAGCCGAAAAAGCAGAAAGGAAGUGAUGACGAUGACGAGGAUUAUAUAGACGAAGAGAUUCCAACGGAAGAUGAAGAGGAUUUCGAAAUGAACGAGGAGGACGACGAUGACGAUUAUGAAGAGGAAACUUUAAGGAAAAGAAAGACUCCUGGAAAAAAGAAGCAAUCUGCUCCCAGGGAAACCUAUCGAAGAUCCGAUUCCGAAACGCCAGAACCAGAAAUAAAACGAGUCAGAACACUUUCGGAUUCAAGUGACGACGAAUGGAUAACCAAGCCACGCUUCAACGGUUCUGUGUCUCCCAAAAAUGUGAUGAGAACACAAAUGGCGAAACGUUCGGCGGCUUCCAAGCGCAAAAUAAUAAUAGACGAUGAAAGUGAUGACGAUUUCAUCAACGACGACGAUGCAUCUGAAAAAGGAUCAGGCAAGAACUCUGGAGACGCAUCGGAAAAGGGAUCGGAUGAGGAAGGAUCCGAUGGUGAAAGGAUAACUAUGAAACAAGGUCAAUCAAUGAAGGCAGCUGUUGAAGACACUCAAAAGCAAGUAAAGAAGAAGGUGGAAUCAGACGAGGACUGGGAAGAGGAUGAAGACGAUGUCAAUGCUGACGGAGAUGAAACGCCUUCAGAUGACAGUGAUGUAAGAAUCGAAAUCUUGCUCUAUUUUAUUUUGAUGUUUUUUUUUCAGAUCGAGGAACGUCGUGCCAAACGAGGAGAGACAAAAAAUCAGAAGGAAUGCAGAGAGUUCUUCAACAAAGCCACGAAAGAGAUUCUUCUCCAACAAGCUCGAGUCAACGAUAAGAUCGCUGAUUUCUUCAUUGCUAACCGACCAUUUGAUGCUUACAAUGGAAUGGUGCAAACUAUGAAAGGUGUAACCAGAGGGAUCAACGCAAUUGAAGCCUAUAUGGAGUAUCUAGAAAAGCGAGGAAUCCUGUCUCGGAUUCUUGAAGACUGUAAAGAUCACGCUAAACAAGUGUCCAAAGACUUUGAACGUUAUACAGAGGGUCCUUUGGAUCUACCACUUCUUAAAGAAGGAUGUUCUCUUCACGAGUAUCAAAAAGUUGGAGUGAAAUGGCUCAUUAUGAUGAAUCAGAAAGAGCUGAAUGCCAUUCUUGGAGACGAAAUGGGUCUUGGUAAAACUAUUCAAAUUGUCGCAUUCCUGUCGUAUCUCAAACAAACCGGAAAGCACGGACCUCAUCUUAUCGUUGUUCCUUCCUCUACAAUUGAAAAUUGGAUUGGAGAGUUUCACAAGUGGUGUCCCAGUAUCAAGUUGCUCACAUACUACGGCACGCAAGAUGAGAGAAAGCAUCUCCGCCACCGAGUGAAGAAGCAGAAGGAUAAUAUCGAUGUGAUUCUCACAACAUACAACAUGGUCACAUCCAAAUCUGACGACAAGAAGUUCUUCAAGAAUUUCUCAUUGAACUACGUGAUUUACGACGAAGGACACAUGCUCAAGAACUGUGAUUCCGAUCGUUACAAAGGAUUGAUGAAAGUGAAGGGAAAGAGGAAAAUUCUGUUGACUGGAACUCCACUUCAAAACAAUCUCAUCGAGUUAAUCUCUCUUAUGUACUUUGUAUUGUUCAAAGUGUUCAACAAGUAUUGUGAAGAUAUCACACAUCUACUACAACAUUUCAAGCAACUUGGUCCUGCUCUCGAGUCAAAGGACAAGGCGAUGUAUCAGCAGGAUAGAAUUGAAGAAGCAAAGUCUAUUCUGCAACCAUACAUUCUUCGUCGUCUUAAGAAUCAGGUACUCACCAGUCUUCCUACAAAGUCGGAACAAAUCAUAGAAGUGGAUAUGAAAAAGACGCAGAAGCAGUUGUAUGAUGAUAUCGUCGAUGUACUCCAAAGAUCUGAAGAAUCCGGAGAUUCGUACGGUUCUCUGAUGAGACUUCGUCAAGCUGCCAAUCAUCCAUUACUUCGUCGUUUAGAAUACACCGAGCAAAAAUUGGAUAAAAUUGCCAAGCAACUAUGUCUGCGAGAAAAGUCGUAUGCCGAUAAAAAAUGGCAGCAUGUGUCCGAAGAUCUCGCCUGGUUAUCAGAUAUCAAGAUUCACCAGCUCUGCGAGCGUUUCCGUUGUACCAGCAAAUUCCUACUAAACGAAGAAUUGGCGUUGAACAGUGGAAAAUGUGAGCAGCUCGACAAAAUGCUUCCAGAAAUUCAAAAUAAAGGAGACAAAGUGUUGAUAUUCUCCCAGUUCACAUCUAUGCUUGACAUCUUGGAAGUGUACCUGAACAUCCGUGGCUAUUCAUACAAACGACUAGAUGGUCAAACACCUGUGUUGGAUAGACAAGAAAUGAUCAACGAGUUCAAUUUAUCUAAAGAUCUCUUUGUGUUCCUUCUUUCCACAAAAGCCGGAGGACUCGGUAUUAAUUUGACUUCUGCCAAUCACAUCAUCAUCCACGAUAUCGACUUCAAUCCGUACAACGAUAAGCAAGCCGAAGAUCGCUGUCAUCGAAUGGGACAGGAGAAACCAGUCCACGUCACCCGUUUGGUCAGCAAGUGCACUGUUGAAAUCGGAAUGCUCGCGUUGGCUAAAAAGAAGUUGCAGCUGGAAAAGCAAGUUACAGACGGAGUCAAAGGACAACUUGAUGAAGAUGCACUUCGAGAGCUCAGAGAAGAAGAAGGUGGUGACAAGAUCGAAGGAAGAGAUUUGAGCAAGCUCUUGUCGUCAGCUAUCAAUGGGCGAUAUGACGAUGUGGAUGAUUCUGGAGACUCGAAUCAAGGAGUUGACGACAAAAAAGAAGCUCCAGAAGAUUCCAGAAUGGAGGAGGAUGAAUCCAAGCCUUGCACAUCAGCUUAA